AUGGGGACCACUGUACCUGGUCGGAGACGUUGCAAGACAUGGCUACCAACGGAUAUCAGUGGCGAUCUUGUUGUCAGUUUCCAUCCAGAUUGCCUGAAAGUGACCACGGACCACAUCACAUUCAAAAUAAAUAAAGAUGGCGUACCUUGGACAAAUGGUGGUCACAUUGAAGGUUUUAAUGAACCGCAUCAAAAGUAA